GCUAAGAGUCUUUGGCUACGGAUAUCGAAAAUAAAAAUGGCCGCCGUCGGCAAUGGACGGAGUAUGAUGGAUCCUCAAUCAGGAACGCAAAAUUCACUCGUUGAUCGUAUUAAGUGCCUGUAUCCUAUGGUUAAUGAAGAGGAGACGCCGUUACCGAGGUCAUGGAGUCCAAAAGAUAAAUAUAACUAUAUUGGAUUGUCUCAAAAUAAUUUGAGAGUGCAUUAUAAAGGUCAUGGGAAAACACACAAAGAUGCUGCAAGCGUACGGGCCACUCACCCUAUACCUGCAGCCUGUGGUCUGUACUAUUUUGAAGUGAAAAUUGUUAGUAAAGGCAGAGAUGGAUACAUGGGGAUUGGAUUAUCUGCACAGGGUGUAAAUAUGAACAGGCUUCCAGGUUGGGACAAGCACUCAUAUGGCUACCAUGGCGAUGAUGGACAUUCAUUCUGCUCAUCAGGCACAGGACAGCCUUAUGGACCAACAUUUACAACUGGUGAUGUUAUAGGCUGUGGUGUCAACCUUGUUGACAAUACUUGUUUUUAUACUAAAAAUGGCCACAACCUUGGUGUGGCAUUCACAGACCUACCACCAAACCUCUACCCAACAGUUGGGCUUCAGACACCUGGAGAAGUUGUUGAUGCAAAUUUUGGCCAGUCACCAUUUGUGUUUGACAUUGAAGAUAUGAUGCGGGAGCUACGGGCUCGCACUCUGCGUACAAUUCACGAGUUUCCUGUUCCAGACAACCGUGGAGAAUGGCAGGCUACUCUUCAUAAGAUGGUAUCAACUUACCUUGUGCAUCAUGGGUACUGUGCAACAGCUGAGUCAUUUGCAAAUGGCACAGGACAGGUCUUCGAAGAAGAUCUAACAUCAAUUAAAAAUAGGCAGCGAAUUUUAAAACUGGUGCUGGCAGGACGUAUGGGUGAAGCAAUUGAAACAACAAGCGAGUUGUACCCAGGUCUGCUGGAACGAGAUCAGAAUCUUCUGUUCCUGCUAAAGUGUAGGCAAUUUGUAGAGAUGGUGAACGGCUCCGACUCGGAAGUCUGCCCACCACGUUGCCCUAGAGGGCAACCGUUUUCCUCGCCUCCACACCACUUGGCCCCACCACCUACGUCGCCUCCUCAACCAUCACCACCUUCAAAUUCGUCAAGUCAGCAAGUUGGAAAAGCCAGGAGAAAUACAGUGGAAGAAAACAACCUCAAUAAUAUGAACAUGGCAAUGAAUGGCAGCAGUGAAAUCAUCCGUCCACCACCAUGUGCCGGCGAUGCCGAUAUUGACAUGGAGGAGCCUAGGAAUGGCCACUCCACGAAUGGUUACCAAAAUGGCAGUAGUCAUCGGCUUGAAGAAGAAAUUCAGGAGGAGGAAAUGGAAGUGGAUGUUCCUGUUAACACUGUACAGCCAGUCAGCAGUAGUAGGAGACAACUAUGUGGUGGUAGCAAACCAGCUGUUGAACGGAUGCUGGAAUUUGGACGAGAACUGUACAACAUGAGUCUGCAUCUUCGGCAAGAGCAAGGCCGUAGUGAGGCCAACAAGAAGAUGUUACAAGAUGCCUUUAGCCUUCUUGCAUAUUCAAAUCCAUGGAAUAGCCCUGUUGGCUGGCAGUUGGAUCCUGUUCAGAGGGAGACAGUAUGUUCUCUCCUUAACUCUGCAAUUCUAGAAUCGAGCAAUCUUCCUCGUCGGCCACCACUGGAAGUAGCAUUGGCACAUGCACGUGAGCUCGUUCGCCUUAUGUCGAGGUCUGGACUCGGAUCCUGUGCUUUCGCCAAUGUGGAUGACCUGUUGCGUCAUUGAUCUCCUUGUCAUUUGCACUGUUGUUUUUAGUCCUGCCCUUCAAACUUCCCCUCCAUGUGUGGAGAAGCUGCCAUGGCAGCUGUAUGUGCUACAGUUGUUAGGAAUUUAGUGCCACAACUAGGGUGUUGUUUUACUAUGCUAGUGAGAAGUGGAUCAGCAAGCAUUUUAUUGGUUUCUAAUGUAUGUGUGUCUCUAAUGAAGAACUAUUGUCAGAUUAAGUUGGAAGAUUUUUUUCUUUUUCUUUUUGUAUGAUGUAAGAAUCACUGGCAUCUGUUUAUUUUCGUGGUCUUGAAAAGCUUAUGUCAGAACCUAUCAGUUGAAGAAAGUGGUUUAGAAAUGGAUUGAAUGUCAGAGAACCUUUGACUGAAUUCAUAUUUAAUUAUUUUCUUCGCUCAUCUGAAUUGUCUCACUUGUGGACAAUCCUUUGGACAUAUUUUACCAAAAAUUAAAUUUUGCAAAUGUUGAACAUGUUGAUGCGUAACAGUGAAGUUCGUAUAAAAUUUGAACUUCGUGUGUCUUACAGUGCUUGUAAGAUACUUUUACAACAGCUUUGCUCCUACCUGAAUUAAAUAUGGAUGUUGUAUCUGGAAGCUCAAGAAGAUAACCAAGGAAGAUAAUUCACCAAAACAUAUAGUGAUCAUGAUCCUGCACUGCACCCUUUUGUGGGCCCUGUUACUGAGCUGGUACGAUUGGCUUUGUGGUUGUUAAGGAGUAACAUUGUGACAUUUUAGUGCAAUAUGGAUAAAAAUCUUUCUUCAGCUUGGUAAUGUCUGUUGUGUAGUUAGACGAAGGGUGCUGUGCAUGUACACAGUUUUCCAAGGAUGUUGAUUGUUUCCAAAUAUCGGGUUUCCCUCAGUGGAACAUAUUGGGCUGUUCCUUUGAUAUUCUGCACGAGAACUGUAGAUAGUGGAAGAACUGGAGCCAUCAUGGUGGGGACUACUACAUAUUUUUAAAUGUGUGUUUCAAGAGCUGUGUUGAACAUUUUCUAUAUUUUGUUACGUGUGAUUAUUGAAGUUGUGUCUGCUAUUGAAUUGUCAUUGUAAACAUUUGAAAAAGAAUCAUCUUUUUUUGAUUUGGUACUUUGAUAAAGAAAUUUUUAAGGUAAAUAUUAAAAAUAGUACAACUUUAUUUUAUAAUUCAUCAGUGAUUCAUUAAAUUCUUUCCUUUUUA